AUUGGGGCUCAGAGGGAAAAGGGGAAUUAACGAGCCUCUUUGAAUGCAGCACUUCUAAAGCUGCGCAGUUCGGGGACUGGUGAAGCUUAUAAAAAAAAAACUAAUUUCGGAGAUGUCUGCUGCACUCAGCCUGCGUCUGUUGCACUGCUACUCGAAGCAAGGCUCAUUUGGACAUGGUUCUGGUGGCAUGAUGCGCACAUUCAGUGUUAGUGCGCUGAGAGAAGGCUACAAGUAUGUAAACGCUCAGGAGCUGCCAACGGACCUGAGAUCCAUCACUGACCGCGCUGCGACAACCCUCUUAUGGACUGAGCUCUUUAGAGGCUUGGGGAUGACCAUGAGUUACUUGUUUCGUGAGCCUGCCACCAUCAACUACCCGUUUGAGAAAGGUCCGCUGUCGCCGCGGUUCCGUGGCGAGCACGCUCUCCGCCGGUACCCCAACGGAGAAGAGCGCUGCAUCGCUUGCAAGCUGUGUGAAGCUAUCUGCCCUGCUCAGGCCAUUACCAUUGAAGCCGAGACUCGAGCUGAUGGCAGCAGGAGGACUACGCGCUACGACAUCGACAUGACCAAGUGCAUCUACUGUGGUUUCUGUCAGGAAGCCUGUCCGGUUGACGCCAUUGUGGAGGGUCCAAACUUUGAGUUUGCUACAGAGACUCAUGAGGAGCUGCUGUACAACAAAGAGAAGCUGCUCAACAACGGGGACCAAUGGGAGGCUGAGAUAGCAGCCAACAUACAAGCUGACUAUCUUUACAGAUAAACUGCUGUAUCAGUGACCAACCGUUUAAUAUCUGCAUUAAAGAAAUAGCUACAUUUAGCCUUACUGAUGCAAAGGUGAGUUAGGGGUAAGCGCUGCAAACACGCACAAAUUAUACGCUGCCUGAUGUGAAAUGUGACUUUACUCUACUGGACUACUUGAAUAUGGCUCACACUAAUAUUUAAUGUUGUAGUAAGUGUAUAACAAACUAUUCUCAACCAAAGACGCAGUUUUAAGACUAUGCAACGAUGAUGGUAGGGUUGAAGUGUGGCACUGAGCCACCCAUGUGUGAAAGUGAUGUCUAAUUGUCUUGUUAUGGUCUUGUGAGAAUACACCUCGGCCAUCAGAGAGGAAAUCAUCUUUUUAUGGAAAUAAAGAGGUCGGUUAACAUAUUCGUGUAGUCAGCUAGCCUAUUUUUUGGAUUCAUUUUGAUGAAACAACCCUAGGGAGUAAGAACGAUCCCCAGGCCUGUGUUGUAGACACUAUUUAACCCUAUGAAGGAUUCAUCAACGUGUCUACAGCUCCUCUUAAUCAAACGCACUCACCACUCUGAAUCAGGGUCAGUUGGGACUCUUGAGACCUCCCGACUUUUUGCCAUUGUUCCAGAUUAUAAUCUUUUUUUUUUU